ACAGGGAGCGAUACAUUGGAGCAGGAUCGAGCCGAGGCGUAACAAAACACAGAGAGACACUCGAGCAAGGAGCGAGCCUUACCGGAAGCAGCCCCAAUUGAGAAAAAUGCAUGAUCUGGAGGCGGUGGGCGAAAAGGCUGAUUUCCACCUCCUCUCCUCAGCCACCUUGACCUGCCUGACCGACUGUUCGGCCCCUCGCUGCGGCUCCUGCUACACCUGCACACUGCAGCGCCGGCUGGCCUCCACCAAGCAGUGGUUCCUGCGAGCUGGGGACAUGACCAAGCAGCAGUUUUUAAUCGGGCUGGUCCAUAGGGUUGACAGCCUGGAUCUUCUGCUGCAGCUCGACAGGCUACUGCAGCCGACUCUCGGCAAAGAUUUCACCCACUCCCGCUCGUCUGCUAACCCCAGCCUGUCUGAGGAUUUCAGCACCCUGAGCUCAGAUCGGUCCCUGAACAAACUGGACCUGCACGGCUAUGUGGCCAGCGCCUGGGAAUGGUUCACUAGCAGCAAGCAUUGGACCAAAACAAACUACCUUCUGGGCUUGUUUCAGCUGUGCGAUGUCAAGCAGCUCCAUAACAUUGGGAAUCUGAUCCGAACACUUAUAAUCGCCAGGAGCACUCCUGAAUUACUUGAGUCGAAAGGUGGUGAAAAAGACAAGAGUGCUUCCUUGCUGCAAGAAUCGAAUAGCACCUUUCGGACGGAUGAACAUCCUGAACUGGAGCCGCUGACUAAGAUCUGGCCUGAAUAUUCAAAUGUCUCAUCUGAAAUGCUUCCAUUGAGCCUGCUUCAGCGAGAAGAUAAUACUGCUUCAAGUGUUAGUCUUUCCUUGAAGAGUGGGAAGAUGAAGAAGAAGCGAUCAGUGUCCCCGAGAACAGUUGAUGAGUUACCUGUUGUGGUUGAACCUCCAAUACCGAUAAUUAUAACUUCACCUUUUGAGGCAACAUCAGGAGUCUCUCACCAUAAGGACUUCAUCCGCUGUCUUCCUAUUCAUUUGGCAAAAUUUGUUCUUGGCUUUCUGGAUCACAGCUCUCUCCAAAACUGUACACUUGUGUCACGCCACUGGGCCUACCUGGGAAGGGAGAUUAUGAGGGAUAAACUAGCCAUCCAAUGCAUUUUUGAUGAAAUCAAAAAAUUACAGGCUGCAGCUCCUCACAAUAUUAACACAGUGUAUGCAAAGAUCUGUCAAAUUCCAGUACCAAGAGUAGAUGAGAAGGGAUUCACCUUACCAACAGAAAAUUUAAACAAAAAGAUUGGAUUAGCAGCAUCGUACACUGGCAUCCAUACUGACAUGGUGCAAAUAGAGGAAAGAAAUGUCUACUGUGGUCCAUACAAUAUAAUAGUCAUCAAGCAAUUUAUGGAUGCUGCCAGGGUCAUUCACUAUGGUGGGGGACAGUUGAUAGCUAUGGCCUCUGGCGAUAGAAUAAUAAGAUUCUUGGAUAUCAAUCGUUCCAAAGAUGUACCCCGUUCAAUGACUGGACAUGCUGGAGUCAUCAAGGCAGUGAUUCUCUGUGAGGAGCAGGGUUUCCUACUCAGUGGAAGCUAUGACCUUAGUAUCAGAAAGUGGAACCUGAAGACUGCAACGUGUAUGACCAUCUACCGGGGGCACAUAGGAUUUAUUACCAGUCUCAGCCUGCACGAAAAUAUGUUUGUAUCAGGAUCAACAGACUGCCAGGCUAAAGUGUGGGACCUUCAGAAAGGAAACUGUUUUCAGACCUUCAAGCAUGACAAAUCAGUUCUGUCAGUGGCUAUUAAUGCAAUACACGUGGUGAGCGGCUGUGAGAAAGGAAUGAUCCAUGUCUGGAACAUUGAACCUCCUUCAUUAGUCAAGGUUCUGACUGGUCAUAUAAACUCAAUCACAUGUUUGUCUUUUGACCAAUGGCAUUUGAUCAGUGGAAGCAAGGAUAAAAGUGUUAAGGUGUGGAGUAUGAUGGGGAAAUUUAGUGACUGUUUAUUGACUUUCGAGCAUCCACAGGAAGUGCUGUGUCUGCAAUUUGUUUACCUCCGUGUGAUCAGUGGAUGCAAAGACGGAAAGAUCCGUAUUUUUGACAUAUUGAAUGGUACCUGUCUGAGAGUGAUGAGAGCAACUGGCCAAGGAGAUCCUGUGCUAUCCCUCCAUGUUUUUGGAAAUAGGAUGGUGAUAAACACAAUGUCCAAUGUGGUGAAAUUUCAGUUUGAAGAUAUUGUGUGGGAUUACACAGCACCAGCAGCACUCCUUGAAGUGAUAGCACCACAGGACAAAUUUAAAAUGGCACCACUGAGGAAACAACCGUAUAGUUAUGUCCGUGCUCAGCGGAUGAGAAGAAUUGGUUCAACCAAUGAAAAGAUCUACCAUAGACAGGAGAAGUUUUCAAAAGAUGGUCUGUUCCACCAUGCACGAUUCUUGUCAGCCAGAUGCAUGAAAGCAGCACACAGGAUUCAAUCAGACUCCAUGAAAGCUCUCAACUUGAGGGAACCUGAAGUUCGACAUCACAGUCCAUCGCACAUUAGCCUGCAGUCUGGAUUCCUUUUGAAGCCACCUUCAGCGUACAUGAGCAGUUCAGAAAUGCUCACACAAGAACAUUUAAGACAGGAUGCAGAAUCCAGAAUUUUGUAUAGCGAAAAGUCUGAGUCAUUGUCUGCAGUUUCUAGAUUUUUGUCAGCGAGUGAGCAGGACUCAUUAAAACACAUUAGAAGACAUAGGCUCGACAAACCCAAAACUACAGAGCAGAUAUAUUUGACUGUCAAUGCUAUCCACAAUUACCUCAAAUUUGACGAAACGUCAAUAAACACUCUCUACAACAACUCACUUUCAGAAGAUUGGGGUCGACUUCUUUGUCCUCUUGAAGACACAGUGAAAAAGGGAAGUGAUAGAGCAAAGAAGAAGGCUACUGUCAAAAUCAGCGACGUUGUUGAUGCUGUUGGACUAACUGAUGACUGCAUUGAUGUCAAAACACUUAUGGCACCUUUUGAGUUGAAAAUGCAAAAAUUUAAAAGGAAAGACAAAUUAAGUGGUUUGGACCCGAAAUGUUUUGUAACAAAACCAAUGAUAAAACGAUCAAAAUCUGCAGUCAGCUUUGUGGAUGCUGUCAAAUUUAGAGGUACAAAGUGUCGACCCCAAACUGCACUUGAAGAAAUCAAUAUGAGCACGAGCUCUCGGACAACAGAUUCCAAAGCUGGAUCUCAAGCCAAAGUCUUCGCACUUACAGAUUCUGCAAUUGCCACUAUAGAUCCCAGAUUCAAGGUGCAGUAUAUUGUUGACAUAAAUCCAUAUCGAAAGAACAGUGGCUUCAGUCUUUGGACAAUGAAACAACAAAAGGAAUAUGCAGAAAAAAUUGCAAUGGACCAUAAUGCUCAACAGCAAAGAAAAGAACAGGAAACACAUACAGCUGGACAGAAGACUUCGUUAAAGAAAGCUGAAAGGUCUUAAGUUGGUCUUAAUUUGCAUAAAUUAAUUGGUGAAAUCUCAUGUUAAAAGUGGUUCAUUUGUAGUAAUAUAUCGAAUAAUGGUAAUAAAUAUUUUGCCUGCUGUACAAGUAAUAUUACACACAUGUUUGUAUGUAUCAACACUAUGUUUUAAGAUACAAUCUGAAUAAGAUGCAUUCGUUAUCAAAUCGAAGGGGUUAGUUCAGCAGAACAAUUUAUGUUGCAUUGGCGAUAUUGAAGGAUUGAUUAUACCAGGUUACAGUUUUGCUUAGCUCAAUUGAUUAGGCUGUGAUGUAGUACCAUAUCAGUGAUAUUCGUUCAAUCCCUAUAUCAGCUGUAUAAUGCAUGGAGUCCGACUUCCUCAUUUUGAUCCAGCUCAUUUGAUGUGGAGUGGUAUCCCUCAAGCUAUGUAAUCAAUUGUAUCUCAUGUGAGGAAGUUCAAUUCAUUUAGCUUUGCUAUUGAGAGCAAUAUAUAGAUAUGAAUGGACAGAAGUAGAAGGUUAUGCAUAUUGAAAUGCUAAUGAAAUAAACGCACUGAGGAAAUCCUAUAUAGGAAAAGCAAUUGAGGGCAUACCGGGAUUUGAACUGCUGUUGAUCUCUGGCUUUUUCCAAGUCAGGAACAAUACAAAUCUGCAGCUAUUCAGAGGCAUCAUAUAUUGAAAAAAAAACACAUUGGAUGCAAUCUUGCAAGCCCAUGUGGAAUUUUAGACGGGUGGAUGGGGGAACUUAAUUAACUGAGCGGCAACAUAAAUCAGAUUUUCAACAGCAAGUUAAAAUUUGGUAUUAAGUUCUCAGAACCUUUCAGGGGAUGGGCAUGUCAGGUUUCUCAAAACUCUCGCAUUUAUUAACAUGCCAUGGUCACUUAUUAGCAUAAAUCCAUUGGGAUUACAUCUAUGGGAGCAAUCUUGUGAGGCAAAACUAGGAAACAAGUAUGCUCACAGUGCAACCAAUGUACAUGGUGUGUACCCGGUAGGAUAGACUUCUUCCUCUAAGCUCCAGUGAGUUUAAAUUUCUUCACUACCAUGACUGCUCUUUCAUUACCAAAAUGAUAGUUUUCACCAAUGUGUGCAAUGUAAAGGGUGAAGCCUGACCUGGUCAGCCAACUCUUCAGAAGUCUCAAUCAUGUUCAGUUAUGAUUAUCGUUCUUAAAUACUUUCAGUGUAAAAGGUGGGCUUUGAUUGGGCCAAUGAGCUUGUGCGGCACUCACAAUGGCUGACACAUGUAGAUCUUACAGUGUCAGACACGCAGAACUUAACUCAAAGAUGAAGUGAAUACAAAAAGGAGGUGAACUCGAAAAGUUUAGACAAAGGCAAUUAGGUAAAACGGGAUAGUAUGGGGUGAAACUGGAAAAACAUGGUUGUUGGAUGCACAUUAACUGCUCCUUGUAUAGGAUGUCCUUUAGAAUACUGUCAGAAGUCACAUGACAUCAGGUUAUAAUCCAACAGGUUCAGUUGAAAU